AUGAAUAAAGACAACUUAUAUACAGUCUCAAAGUGUUUCUAUACAUCUCUAUUAUCAAAUAUUUUAUUUUUCUAUUGUUUUGUAUCUGAAAUACCACAGCUUCAAUAUAUUCAAGACAAUCUUAUCGAUUGCAUUACUGAAGAGGGCGAACAACCUCUACCUACAUUUUCUUGCGGAAUUCAGAUGAGCAGCAUUGAUUACAUCUUUGCAAGCCCAGAAUUGGCCAAUCUUAAGCACAAAUCUUCUGUAGACUAUAUAAACCCUUCUUGGUUUGACCACUUUUUAGUGUCAACUACCUUGUCUUUGGUAGGAUCCCGCACUGGAAAAGGAAUUUGGCAUGCAAAUCUGCGCUUAGGUCUGUCAGCCCAUUUUUGUCAGUCCCUGUCAGCAACACUACAGGACCUAUUAUCUAGCCUACAUAAUAUCCCUUCAUCUCAAGACCAAUGGGAGAAGCUUAUCCAAAAGAUAGAACAACUCUGUCACAUUCACUCUCAAUGCUCACUCUCUGUCAGGGGUCGAGCUAUGGUGUUGAACUCUCUAAUUCUGUCUAAGAUUUGGCAUGUCCUUCGUGUAACUCCUGUUCUUGCUUCAUUUUUUGACAAGUUGCGCCCAUGCAUAGGACAAUUCCUGCGUCGCGGCAUGUUUCCUAUGAUUAGCUUUUUCAAAAUGUGUUGCCCACGUUUGACGGGUGGUCUAGGUAUUCUUGAGCCACAACUGCAACAAAAAGCUCUCCAGAUGCGAUGGCUACAGCCCAUUUUAGAUCAGCAGUUGACCCAAUCUUUUGUAAGUGCGUUUAAUACUCUCCUAACUACGAUUGAUGCCAUUCCACAGGAUUAUUCUACUAUAACUCCCACUCCAGCUACAUGUCUGGACUUGCCCAUACUUGAUGUCAUACAAUUCUCUGAUCAAUCUAUCUGCCUUAUCAAGGUCUCUUCAGAACGCCUUGGUUCCAGAUACAUUGUUGCCAAACUCUUCCAUAACCUUCAGAAUGCACAGAUCAACCUCUUGUCAUUCUUCUGGUGUACAACACUGCCACCCCUCAAACAUCCUGAAUUUAUUCCCACUCUCCGCCCAGAGCUUGUAAUUGUAUCUCCAUUUGUUACAGCAUUGUGCACUGGUUGCUGGCAUCUCAAAGACUUCCACACCACUCACUUUUGCAAAGUUUGUCAAAUCAAUCCGCCCUUGUCUAACCAUGGCUCAACUCUUACACCGACUCAAUGGAAAGAAAUUUGGGAUUUUCCCAUACAUUACUCUGUACAAAACAUUUGGUACCGUGCACUACAUCAAUCCUUGUCCUGUAGCUCACACCUCCAUCGCAUCGCUCCCACAACCUUUCCGUCUCUGAUGUGCAUCCUAUGCAGCAAUGGCAUUGAUAGCAUAGAGCACUUUCUGUAUCUGUGUCCUCUUAAGUGA